CGUCAUUUAGCACUAACAUAUUUUCUCUGUCUGUCUUCAAACUUGAAACUUGAACGGUGGAAGCUUAAACCCUGAUUUUGAAGAUUGCACGUUGUGGCGGCGAAUCCAUGAAGAAAUCCAAUCAAAACCAAAUGAACCCUAAUUGGGUUCAACUCAAACAAAAGCUGAAUCUUAAUGGCCCAAAAGCUUCAAGGAACUUCAAUGAUGAUGACGCGCCAAAUUCAAUAUUGGGGAAACGUAAAGGGAGGAUUGAUGAUGAUGAUUCUGAUGAUUGUGAGAUUAACCCUCUUGCUCCUGUGAAUGACGAUGCAAGUGUGACAGAUGCAGUGGCCAUGGAUUGUGAAAUGGUUGGGGUUGGUCAAGGAAACAAAAGUGCCCUUGGAAGAGUAACGCUGGUAAACAAGUGGGGCAAUGUUAUUUAUGACGAGUUUGUACGGCCAAUGGAGCGGGUUGUUGAUUUCCGUACUAAAAUUAGCGGCAUAAGACCUCGAGAUCUGAGAAAAGCAAAGGAUUUUUGUACUGCUCAGAAGAAGGUGGCAGAGUUGAUCCACGGAAGGAUCCUUGUAGGUCAUGCCCUGUCCAAUGAUCUCAAGGCAUUGUUAUUAAGUCAUCCUAAAAAGGAUAUACGAGAUACCUCCGAGUACCCGCCGUUUCUAAGAUCAACUGGUAGAGUAGCAUUACGGCAUCUUGCUUCGGAACAUCUUGGUGCUAAGAUUCAAACAGGAGAGCAUUGCCCGAUAGACGAUGCCCGCGCUGCUAUGAUGCUUUACCAAAAAAAUAGAAAAGAAUGGGAGAAAAGCAUAAAAGGUAACUUUCGGAAGCAAAAGAAACGGAAGAAGAAUAAAGAUGCAAAAGAAUGAAGAUAUGCUUUUUAUGCCAACCAUGCUGGAAUUGCAUCAUAGCAUUGGCUGCCUUGUAUUCAAAAACAUUAUUGUCAGGGACUCUCUCCUUCAAUGGUUAUUGUAUUGCUUAAAUUGAAUUAGAACUCAAGUUACAAAGGGGAAAAAAUAGUUUUUGAGUUACUAUAAGAUCAGUUUUGUAUUUGCAGGGUAUCUCACUGUUAUUCUGUUUUGUACUUUCUCUCUAAAAUUGGCAGGAAAACCCUGUUAAAGUAGGCAGAUAGUGAUGGAUUCAAUUAUAAUAUGGAUUUAACUCAGAAAAAUGCGAUUUAGUUAAAA